UGUGACGUGACUGACGUGUGCAUGCAUACACGUGCAUACGUGAUACAUCAGGUCAGGCACGUCAGUUUCGCUUGCCCAUCAUUGCCUUAGUUCUCUUGUGAUUGUUCGUGAUUGUGGAUUGUAUCACGUAGCUUGUGCAAUCGUUUCUGUAAAUAAAGCACAAAAUGGUGCUUCUGAAAACACAAUUUAUUCUGUUGAUAAAUCUGGGCCUACUAUCAAUCCACCCCAGCGUAGGGGAAAACAAAUACUCCGCCGAGGCGAACAAAGCUAAAGAUGUCGACCCCUCGCAGUUCCCAACGUCUCUUCGAGACUUGGAUAAACCAUUCAGGAUGGCAAAGUUGAAUGUACUUUGGGUUAAGGCCAAAAACCGUUUGACAGAUAGUAAGCUGCAAUCGAUUUUUAGUGAUCUGAAGAUUCAUGACAAAGAAGAGAUCGCGUACAAACAUUUUAAGUCAGAUGGGAAGGAUCCCGAUGGCUUGGAAGAGGCACGUCUGAGGCAAAAGCUCAUUGGAAUAAUGAGUACAUAUGGUUUAUUGGAACAUUUCUCUGAGACCGAGGAUCCAAAGUUACUUAAAAUACACAAAGCGAUGAACGAUGGUAGUAAUUAUGUUUCUAAGGACGUAUUUGAGGAUGUAAGGCUCAACAAAUUGUGGGCUAAAGCUGAAAUGGCUGGUUUUACUGAUGAAGAGCUCGAGACUUUAAAACAAGAGUUUCAACAUCAUCAAGAAAAAGUGGACGAAUAUAUGAGUUUAUUGAAAGGACAGUCUACAGAUUCAGAAAAGUCUGAAAAUGUCUUACAUCUUAAACCAGAAAACUGGAACGAAUUAGAAGAACAGGAGGAAUUAUCUAACAAUAUACCAGACCAGAAAUUAAGUCACACAGAAAAAGCAAAUUUACUUCGAAAAAAACACUUGGAACUGAGAAACGGAUUCGAUCGCUUAGACAGACUCACCGCAAAGGGACCAAACCAUAAAGAAUUUGUAGAACCUAAGGUACAAGGAUUAUGGAAGAUUGCAUUAGAAGCAAAGUUCUCUUCCGACGAGUUAUCAUCUUUAAAGGAGGAACUUUUGCAUUAUGAAUCGAGGCUACUUAAGCUGCGACAUUUACAUGUGGAAGGUGCCUUGGACGCAGCACAAAAAGGGCAGCUUCACGAUUUAGAAAAUUCAACUGCUGAACAACAUAUAAAGAAACACGUUAGAACUGUACAAAAACUUCAUACGGAUCUAGAAAGCAAAAUCAUGCAGAGGCAUUCCGAAUUAUAAGCAAAUUAUAUAAAAAGCUAUGGACCAUUUACAAAAGAAAAUCAAAAUAUGUGCAAUUUAAUUAAUAUAUACAAAGCAAUUAGAAACAAAUAAUCAUUCAUUGUGAAGUAAAUAAUAAAAUAAUCGUCUAUGGAAAUGUUUAUAUUCAAAUAACUUGUCGACUUACAUUUUUAACAAUUUUUGUUAAAUAAUCUUGAUGAUUUUCUAACAAAACUGCAAUAAUAUUUGUACUAUAUAUAAAACAUUAAAAAUAUAUAUAAAUAAUUUGUACUAUAAGCAGAAUCUCUUGUGUGAACAAUGUAUAUGAAUGAACUAUAGGGAACUAUUUUAUUUUUAUCUAAAUUGAAUACAUAAAAAAUGGAAGAAUGUGAAGGUUGUGUUUGAGUACAUUUUAUAAUAUUUUCAACAAUUAAAUUACUAAGAUUAUAAUUACAA